AAAGCUAUUGGUGAGAUAGAUCAAUGCAAGUUUCUAAUUUAGGUGAUGUGGGUUCACCCGAGCCAUUAACACCAAAUCAUCUUUUGACGAUGAAGCCAAAGGUUCUUCUGCCUCCACCUGGACAAUUUCAAAGACCUGAUGUAUAUGCAAGACGUCGAUGGAGACGAGUCCAGUACAUUGUGAACCAAUUUUGGUAUCGAUGGAGAUUGGAGUAUCUACAAACACUACAACCAAGAGGGAAAUGGACUAAAAUUGAACUGAAUUUAUGUGUUGGAGAUAUUGUCAUAGUGAACGAUGAGAAUGCCCCAAGAAAUGAAUGGCAACUUGCCAGAGUUGAUGCCUUGUAUCCGUCUGAGGAUGGCCUCAUUCGAAAAGUUAGAGUUCUUGUUGCCGAUUGUAAUCUUGAUUCCAGAGGCAAACGAACAAAAGCGGUGACAUACCUCGACAGACCGAUACAUAAACUUGUGUUGUUGGUUCGUGCAGCCAAAGAUGGCGAUUCCCUGGACGAGGAGCCAACAUCUUAGUUUUAUUACUUUUUGUACUGUACAUAUGUUUCGUUUUAAAAAGUUUU